UUCCCUUUGCUUCCAGUCUGGGUGCUUGUGCUGCUGUGGACCCAUUCCGUCCGUCUGUCCGUCCCAGCCUCUCGCCUGACCGUAGCGUAGCCGUGCAGGCUUCUUUUCCACAUCCCAACCGAUCGCCCGGAAAACCUUUCUGCUCCAUCCAUGGCCUCAUCUGCGCAGAGCGGCGGCUCCUCCGGGGGACCCGCGCUCCCCACCCUGCAGCGGGGCAUCGUCAAGAUGGUCCUUUCAGGAUGUGCUAUCAUUGUCCGAGGACAACCACGUGGUGGGCCUCCUCCUGAGAGGCAGAUCAACCUUAGCAACAUUCGUGCUGGGAACCUGGCUCGCCGGGCUGCAGCAGGACAGCCAGAUGCAAAGGAUACACCAGAUGAGCCCUGGGGAUUUCCAGCUCGGGAGUUUCUGAGGAAGAAGCUGAUUGGGAAGGAAGUCUGUUUUACAAUAGAAUACAAGAACCCCCAGGGUCGUGAAUAUGGAAUGGUCUACCUUGGAAAAGAUACGAGUGGGGAAAACAUUGCAGAAUCUUUGGUAUCAGAAGGCUUGGCGUGUCGGAGGGAAGGAAUCAGAGCCAAUAACCCAGAGCAGAAUCGGCUUGCUGAAUGUGAGGACCAGGCAAAAAUGGCUAAGAAAGGCAUGUGGAGUGAGGGAAACGGUUCUCACACAAUCCGGGACCUCAAAUAUACCAUUGAAAACCCAAGGCACUUUGUGGAUUCUCACCACCAGAAACCCGUCAAUGCCAUCAUCGAGCACGUGCGAGACGGCAGCGUGGUCAGGGCUCUGCUCCUGCCCGAAUAUUACCUGGUCACAGUCAUGCUUUCAGGGAUCAAGUGUCCAACUUUCAGAAGAGAACUGGAUGGCCCUGAGACACCAGAGCCAUUUGCAGCAGAAGCUAAAUUCUUCACUGAAUCUCGACUCUUGCAGAGAGAUGUACAGAUCAUCCUGGAAAGCUCCCAUAACCAGAACAUGCUCGGCACUGUCCUUCAUCCAAAUGGCAACAUCACAGAGCUUUUGCUGAAGGAAGGCUUUGCACGCUGUGUGGACUGGUCAAUUGCAGUAUACACAAGAGGCGCGGAGAAGCUGAGAGCAGCUGAAAGGUUUGCCAAGGAGCGAAAACUGAGAAUAUGGAGAGACUACGUGGCUCCCACAGCUAACUUGGACCAAAAGGACAAGCAGUUUGUUGCAAAGGUGAUGCAAGUGCUGAAUGCUGAUGCCAUUGUGGUGAAACUGAACUCUGGUGACUAUAAGACCAUCCAUCUCUCCAGCAUCCGGCCCCCUAGACUAGAGGGAGAGACCACACAGGAUAAAAACAAGAAACUUCGCCCCCUAUAUGACAUUCCUUAUAUGUUUGAGGCUCGAGAGUUCCUCCGGAAAAAGCUUAUUGGAAAGAAGGUCAAUGUGAAUGUGGAUUACAUCAGACCAGCCAGUGCAGCCACUGAGACAGUGCCAGCCUUCUCAGAACGUACCUGUGCUACUGUUACCAUAGGAGGAAUAAACAUUGCUGAGGCUCUUGUCAGCAAAGGACUGGCAACGGUGAUCCGCUAUAGGCAAGAUGAUGAUCAGAGAUCUUCCCAUUAUGAUGAACUUCUUGCUGCUGAGGCCAGAGCUAUUAAGAAUGGGAAAGGAUUACAUAGCAAGAAGGAAGUGCCUAUCCAUCGCGUAGCAGACAUCUCUGGGGAUACUCAGAAAGCCAAGCAGUUCCUGCCUUUCCUCCAGCGAGCUGGUCGUUCUGAAGCUGUGGUGGAGUAUGUUUUCAGUGGUUCUCGCCUCAAACUCUACUUGCCAAAGGAAACCUGCCUCAUUACCUUCCUACUUGCAGGUAUCGAAUGUCCUCGUGGAGCCCGGAACCUCCCUGGCCUGGUACAGGAGAGAGAGCCCUUCAGUGAAGAAGCCACACUCUUCACCAAGGAGUUGGUUCUCCAGCGAGAGGUGGAAGUGGAGGUAGAGAGCAUGGAUAAAGCUGGAAACUUCAUCGGCUGGCUGCACAUCGAUGGUGCCAACCUAUCAGUAUCCCUGGUGGAGCAUGCACUUUCCAAGGUUCAUUUCACAGCCGAGCGUAGCUCCUACUACAAAUCCUUACUUUCUGCUGAAGAAGCCGCCAAACAGAAGAAAGAGAAGGUGUGGGCCCACUAUGAGGAGCAGCCCUUGGAAGAAGUGUCACCUGUGCUGGAAGAAAAGGAACGUUCGGCCAGCUACAAGCCUGUGUUUGUAACAGAGAUUACUGACGACCUGCAUUUCUAUGUCCAGGAUGUGGAAACUGGGACACAACUAGAAAAGUUGAUGGAGGGCAUGAGAAAUGACAUUGCCAGUCAUCCACCCAUAGAGGGAUCUUAUGCCCCUCGCCGAGGAGAAUUCUGUAUUGCCAAGUUUGUGGAUGGAGAAUGGUACCGAGCACGGGUAGAAAAGGUGGAGUCUCCAGCCAAAGUCCACGUCUUCUACAUCGACUAUGGCAAUAGAGAGAUCCUGCCAUCAACUCGUUUGGGUACAUUGCCCCCCGCCUUCAGCACUCGAGUGCUGCCAGCUCAAGCCACAGAGUAUGCCUUUGCCUUCAUCCAGGUGCCACAAGAUGAGGAUGCCCGCACAGAUGCUGUGGACAGUGUGGUUCGGGACAUCCAGAACACUCAGUGCCUACUCAACGUGGAACACCUGAGCCCCAGCUGCCCCCAUGUCACCCUUCAGUUUGCAGAUUCCAAGAGUGAUGUCGGACUUGGCUUGGUUAAAGAGGGGCUGGUCAUGGUGGAGGUUCGAAAGGAGAAACAAUUUCAGAAAGUGAUCACAGAGUACCUGAAUGCCCAGGAGUCAGCCAAGAGUGCCAGGCUGAAUCUCUGGCGUUACGGGGACUUCCGAGCGGAUGACGCAGAUGAGUUUGGCUACAGCCGCUAGAAAGCAUCUCUCGCCCCCACCGGCUUCGCUUACACUAAAACCUUGUCCCCACCUGGGAGGAAGGCGCCCCCGAGAGCCCAGGCCUGGGAAGGGGUGGGGGAGGGGGAAGGAUGGGUCCAGCUUUGCUUCAGGGUAUGGGAACGUCUCUGGGAGGCCCAAUUCCUAGGCAGGGGCUGGGGGCGCUGCCCUCUGGGCCGAUGGGCUCUGCCCUCCGGGGGUCUCCUGACCCGAUUUGUGUUUUUUAAUUGUCUUCAAAUCAACUCGCCUAUGAGCAGGAAUAAAGACUUUGUCUGCAGGGGAGGCAGGGAGAGCCGCGGUCUGAGGUAGCCUCCGCGUGGCACCCUACCUUCGCCCGGCCUCCCUCCCUUUGCGCCUCCCGGUUCUGACCGAUAGCCGAUUACGUUACUUCUGAUCUGUCCAUUCUUCCAUGCCAGCAGCCUCCGCCCUCCUCCCUGCCCUAUUGCCAGCCCCUAUUCUGUAUUUAAAGCUUGCGAGACCCAAUAAAGUAGUAGAGCGCCA